AUGGGCGCACAGUUUACAGGCGUCGAGUUUUGGGACUUUUGCCAAGACAAUCUCAUUGACGUGUACUACUCUAUAGCGCACCCACGCUGCAACGGCCAAGUGGAAUGUGCGAAUGGGAUGGUCCUCCAGUCCAUCAAGUCUCGCAUCUUUGAUGAUGCAUCCAAGUACGCCACCAAGUGGCUACGUGAGCUGCCUCACGUAAUCUGGGGCCUAAGAACUCAGAAAAGUAGUGCCAUCGGCUACACCCCCUUCUUCAUGGUAUACAGCUCAGAAGCUAUCCUACCAUCAAAUGUGGCCUUUGGUGCUCGGCGUAUCCAGUACUACGAAGAAGGCGAGGCAGAAAGAAGUUGGCAAGUUAACAUAGACAGCCUUGAAGAGCAACGCGUGGCAGCUCUCCUGCAGCAUGCAUGCCAUGAGCAGCAGAUACGGCAUUAUCAUGAUCGCAACAUCAAGGAACGGUCCUUUAACGUUGGCGAGUACAAUCAACCAGGGACAUGCACAAACUAG